AUUGAGAUUAUUUUAAUCCAUGCCAUGGGUACAACUAAAACAGCUUGUUUUUAGAAGUAGACUGUAGAAGAGCCAUGUGAAAAGCUGGGAGCUCUCUUCUCAAACUUGCUUAGAAGUAGACUGUAGAAUAGCCAUGUGAAAAGCUGGGAGCUCUCUUCUCAAACUGGCUUAUUUUGCUUUUGAUGGAAUCCUUCUAUCUAACGAAGCUAGCCGCAGUGAAGCCCACAUUCAUUCCACCGACUUGCUUCUUUACCCUCAUCCCGCCUCCACUCCGCUUCGCUGCCUCCUCCGCUCUUGCAUUCAGGGUCUACUCAGCCUCUGCUGGCGGAAUUAUUGUUGCAUCUCCUACGCUUGACCUGCCAUCCGUGACUGUUGACCCUAAAGAUUUUGGGACAGGUGGAGGACGUGCUAGGGCCAGGGGUGGCAAGAAACUUCUGAGAGAUGAGCUGAGGGAGAACUGGCUGGACGCCCUCUCUUGCCCAUUUCCUCACGGGAAGCCUUCCAUUGACUGGGUAAUUGGAGUCGACCCGGAUGUUUCUGGAGCUCUGGCCAUACUGAAACCAGAUCAUUCUCCUCAAGUAUUUGAUUCUCCUCACUUGAAAGUAACGGUUGGGAAAGGAGUACGAAGGCGUUUAGAUGCGAGGUCCAUUGUUCACUUGCUUCAAAGUUUUGAAGUUCCUAUAGGAACUACUGCAUAUAUUGAGCAAUCAACUCCAUUCCCACAAGAUGGUAAACAGGGUUGGUGGGGUGGAGGAUUUGGGUAUGGAUUAUGGAUUGGAAUCUUAGUAGCUUUGGGAUUUUCUGUUGUUCCUGUACCAUCAGCUUUGUGGAAACGAACUUUUAAACUAGCCGGAGGUGACACAACUAAGUACUUGGUUGAUUGGGUAUGGGGAGGAAUUCAUUCUCCAAAUUCGGCUUGCAACUUCUAUACUCUUGUAAUACGUAAAUUGUAUUGUCAGGAUGAUAGUAGGGAUAUGGCAUCCAGAUUAUUUCCGUGUAUGAGUUCCCAGUUAAAAAGGAAGAAAGAUCACGGCCGAGCUGAGGCUUUACUUAUUGCUGCUUAUGGCAAGGGCCUAAAGAUAAGUAACAUUCAAAGUGUGACUGAGAACUUCAUAUCUUAAAAGCUGGAAGGACUACAUGUUUCCUAUUUCUCUCCUUUCCAGGGCUUGGAGGAAACACUCGGGCCUUUUUGCAUAUUUCUCUAUCAGUCUUCCCAUUCCAAUGCGGACUGGUAUUUAUGUCACGGGAACCUGGAAAAACCAUGAAUGACGCCAUUUAGAUCAGCCGUUAAUCCCAAUGACCUCCAAAGGAUUCUUGGUUUAAGCAGAUAUGGUUGAUAUGGAGACAUUCAAGUGAUAUUCUGGUCUCUCAAGUGAUUCACUGUUGUCAAUUAUAACUUAUAAGUCCCCCACUCCUUUUGAAUCCCUUGUUGUCCCAUAGAAGCAGUCUUUCCAAGAGGUUCAGGUGAGCACACUUUAAUAUGCCACAUUAUUAAAUCUGGAACUCAACUCAUGCAAGUACUCAAGUAGGUAAUUUGAAUUCAUAUGGGGCCCCUACAUGAAUCUACAUUGGUUUCCUUAUAACCAAUGUAUAAUACUUGUGUUACACUCGUUUCUCCCAGUGAAUCAUUGUCUUGACCAUAUAAAGUGUAUUCCUCCUACAUGUCAUUUGUAGUUUUUGAAUUUCUUCAAGUAUUAUCUUUUCACAAAUGUGAUUUUGAGGAAGAG